GUGACUGGAAUUCAACGUGAAGGCUGGUGGGAAUGUCGGCUCGUAAAGAAGAGCCUUCUGAUAGCUGCGAUGUCACCGCAAUGAAUUUCUGGGAGAAAGGAAUCUACAUACACUUCAUUGACGUCACGGUGAUCGGAUAGAAUACACAAACUCUGGGCUCCUCUCUCCGAGGUCGAUGAAGGACGCAGCGCGCAAGAUCAGCCGGAUACUCUGCCGUGUGUGGCCGGGAAAAGCAAGGACGGCGCGUAAGAGACAUUCCGCAGCAGUCCCGCCGCCCAAUCCCGCAUGCAGUAGCUGUGGACUUCCCGCCGGCUUGUCCUCUGUUGUCUCUGCUCGCCACAUCAAAAAAAAGCCGAGGUUUCCCCGGGACAGGGCCAGGAGGGUGGAGAACGGCCACCCAGGCAAGGACCUUCGCUCGCACCUGACGGGGAAGCGACGGGAGAGAGGCUGACCAUCGGACCGUUAGCGCUGCUGGACCAUUCUGCCCUGGGCUCAGCUGGCUAAACCAAGACCAGGCGAACGGAUUAGGAACACAAAGAGAACAGUGAGUCGCCGUGAUUGUGACGGUUUGUCCGGGCACAUGUGUAGGCCAGCCGAGCCGACCGUCUACAAAAGGAGCCGACGGCGACAGGAGUGGUGCUCAGAUGUGGAAACCUCCGCCUAGAAGGAAAGGCCGCUUUCUUUGGAAUUUCUCAACUCGUGAGAGCCAAUUUUGUCGUCCGGCAUUGCAACUUUUUGCUCUGAGACAUUUUGGGGGACGAGUAUGCUACAUGGACGACACCGUGGGCGUAGCUUAUAUAAGCGACUGAGUUGUUGUAUGUAACGGACUACUGCCUGCCGCCCCCAUCUUCACAAACAGGCCAGGAACGUCCCGCUAAAACGCACAGGUAAACCCUGAUUGCAUUCUUCGCACGUCUCCAGGGCAACUCGAUCCUGACUUGUACGGGCCCAUCUCCAUAAUUAAUACGACACAAUCACAUAGGUGUGGGGUUUGAUCCUUCUGAAGGCGCAGUGUUGGGGCCAGCCGGGGUCUGACUGACGAGAGACAAUGUCGUGUUGCGGGCGAACACCCGGAUAACCUCUUCCUCCCGGAGAGUUCCUGCGGACAUUUCAGUCGGAGGAGGUUCAUACGACGCCGUGUAACGUUACACCGCCAGACAAUCGCUACUACUGGGUGUAAGUACCGCCAUCAGAGAUGAACGUCUUCAGAAUAAGCAGGCUCUCGCCGCCGAGGAGGCCGAACUUCACGACGACAGUGGCGUGCCUGCUGCGCCAUGUGUACGCCUUCGUCACCCUGUUCCUGCUGUUCUCCGAGGCCGAGCGCAUCCCGGGUGGGAGGGGCAGCACCCACAUAUCACACGGGACGAUCAACAAUCAGCCAAUCCGCAGCAUAGGACAGGUCGCGGUCUUCCUGAGAAAAUUAGGCUGGUUCAAACCUGUAGAGAACUGGGAGCCCAAGAUUGAGACGUCACGGGAUGGUGAACCUAUCUUCGUGCCCGAGGACAUGGCGCCGGACCCCUUCGCGGACCCCUUCUUGGACCCGUCCAUGAUGAUGGUGGAGGAAGUGGAGGGCAUGGGGAGAGACGGCGAGCCGACCGAGGAGGUAGACGACAGCAUCAGCCAAGAGGAGCUCGAGGAGGCCAUCAGGAAGUUUCAGGCGGAGAACAACCUGACUGUGACCGGCCAGCUCGACGAGGAGACACUGAAUAAGAUGAACGAGCCGAGAUGCGGCAAUCCUGAUCACACGCUGACCAAAAACCGCACGACCCUGGGCGACCUUCUGAAAGGGGCGGCAAACAGAUCUCGUGGGAACACUUCGUCCAACGACACGUCCAAUGCGGCGGAAGAAGCGUCGGCCGGCAACGUGCGCCGCCGCCGGACUCUCCUGGACACGUGGAAGGAGCGGCAGCAGCACAGGACUAAGGAUAAGCGCGGGUACUUCACCGACGGACACAUCACGUGGAGGCUGCUGCAGGAAGGCUACAGCUCGCAGUUAGAGGUGGAAACCCAGUACAAAGUCCUGCAUCGGUCCUUACGGAUGUGGAGCGAGGUCAUCCCGGUCAUGUUCAAAGAGGACCUGCACAGCUCGGCCAACGAGGUGGACAUCAUCAUUGCAUUUGGCAGGGACCGCUCGUACGGUGGAGCACAUAACCAGAGACACCUACACUUGGGCUGUUCGCACGAGUUCCAGGGCCAGGAGUACGCGCACGCCUUCUCCAACGCGCACGCGAGUGUGCACCUGAACGACGACGUCCCCUGGACCCCUGACGCCGGUCAGCGAGGAGUCAACCUCCUGAAGGUGGCCCUGCACGAGGUCGGCCAUACCCUGGGGCUGGGCCACCAGCUCAGGUCCAACUCCCUCAUGCAGCCCAACUACCCCUCCGACGACCUCAGCCUCGAGAUCGGCCCUGAAGACAGGAGGGCGAUUCAGGACCUCGGAUAUGGAAAAUGCGAAGAGCGGUUCGACACCGUGUUCGACUGGGUCAGACCGAUGUUCGAAAACGGCUACAUGCUGGGAGCGACCUACAACACCUACUUCUUCUCCGACGGUCGCUACUGGAUGUACGAGAACUCCAAGGGACGGACGCGGUACGGAGACCCCCGCAUCACCGGGGCGGGGUGGGAAGGCAUCGCGCCACGGAAGCUCGACGGGAUCCUCCACGUCUGGAAAAGGUCCUGGGAUGCCCUCUUCUUCUUCUCAGGUGAUUCCUACUACCAAUACGACAGCGAGGAGGACCACGUCUACACACACGACGCCAACGGAAACCCCUUCCCCAACCUCAUCAGCUACGGGUUUCCCGGCAUCCCAGACAACAUCGACACCGUCUACUACAACAGAACCACGGGAUACAUCUACUUCUUCCAGGGUAACCUGGUGUACCAGUACGAAAUCGAGCGACAUAGAGUGAGUCCGGGCUUCCCCAAGGAAAUCAGCGAGGUGUUUCCCGGCGCGCCCAACGACAUGGACGCCGCCUACUACUCCUACGCGCACGGGACCACGUUCUUCAUAAAGGGAUUGGAAUACUGGAAAAUAGCUUACCCGAACGGACCGAUAGUUGGGCCUAUGAAGACCAACGAACAGCGGCAGGACAUCUGCAAUGUGUGGAUGCGGCAUCUGGACUAUUAGUGGAGCAUUUCUGCGCUGCACACUAGCUACAAGCGUACGUGAAAAAAAAGUUCGAGAGAAAUGUUAUUCGUACUGUUUUUUUCGUGAAAGAUUGGAGCAUCUGUGCAGUCUUUUUGUUCAGUCUACCCUCCGCAGACUGUACAAAAAGAAGGCCUUAGGGUACAAUUUCGGAAUUACAUGCAAACUACCAGACCUCUUCCUCUAUAUUAUACUUCUGGUUCCGAUUUAGAAAAAAAACUUCUCUUGUGGCAAAAUCCAGCUGCAUUCUUCAUUGGUCACUGCAAAACAUAAACUGCUCUUCGUUUGCAUGAUUUCUGAGAGAGGCCCGGGCCAAGCAAGGAACUUUCUCCUGUUCAGUCCCUGUCCUAGUAUGGGGCAUUUUUGUGCAAUACAGGUUUCACAAAGGAAUCGGUCAAGUUGAUAGGAUACUCAGUUGUCUCAUGGAGAGUUAUAUAGUUUUUCUUUAAUAACCAGUGAGUAGUUUCUACAAAAAUGAAGAUUAUUGUCUCUCAUAGCUGUCUCUGAUGAGGAUUGUUACCCACAGGUAUUUACGGUGUGUUUUCUUUGAGUGCCCUUGAGUAAAAGUCUAGGUUCACGAUUACAUUAUCCAAAAGCAUUUUAGUUCGAAAAACGAAGUUUUCCAAAAAAAUAAUUUUGUAGGUGAAAAAGGUCAACAAUAGAUGCAAGGACGUAGUUGAGCCCCAGGCGAUUGAGAUGGGUCGCCUUUCCCACAUUUUGCUAUCUCAGGAAUACUUGUAAUCAUGUACGCGUAAUUUAUACCACAUAUAUUUUGAUAAUGAUGUAUUUUGUAUAUUUAAAAUAUCUGCCUCCCUGUUGUGAUAAUGCACGUUCAAAUGGAUAUGAUAUUUAUAGUGAUCGAUAUUGGAGAGAGGGGGAUUAUUGUCACGCACGAGUCCAGGUGAGCCCAGUGGGUCAUGGUUUAGAACGUGUGUGACCCGGGGACACCGUGGGGACUGUAGCGGGAGUGACAACCACAGAUUGUGUGGACCAUAUUGGAUCACAGGGGUAGAUGCACUGUUGGUGUUGAAGUGUACAAUACGGGGUGUAUAUCGGGGGAAAUGAUAAAGUUGUAUGUAUGAUUGAGAGUGGGCAAGGCUCGUUCCCCCUUCUGAAGGGCUGUGUAUAGAUUUGUCUGUUAUCGUAUAUGACUAUGAGUGAUUUAAAGGUCUCUUUUGUACAAAGGACAGGACUAUGAGCGAGAAUACCUAUGUAUGUGUGGAUGGAACAGUCUUAGACCGUAAACAGUUUCAAAUCUUUAAUGUAAGAACCCGACAAGUGAGUGUUGGUAGUGUACCGGUUCAAUGAUGCCCUGUGCAAUAGUGCCUGCGGAAUGACAAUCACACAGAAAAUCAUUCUCCAAGUUCAGAUUCUGGAACAGAAGUCUGCAGGGCGGUGUAGGGGGCGUGGUCAAACAAGGAGCCCCGCCCAUCUGACAACAACGACGUUUCAAGUUUAGUUCAAACUUUUCGACGUUAGCUUUAUUUCUUCGCUUGUGGGUUCUUUUCUUAAGCUUAUUAGAUUACAGCUUAAAUUAUUCUCUAAGAUAUUAUCUAGAGAGCUUUUAUUUCAAACGACAACCGACUGACUGCAUGUUGCACAUGUACAGGUUGGGCAAAGAAAACGUCUUAUGUCUUUUGUUAAAUUGUAUUUCGAAGAGUAAUAUUUCUAUAUUUCAUCGAUUGUACAAAGCGUCAUGCAAUGUUGUGUAUCGCAUACUAGUAUUCUAAAAUAAUAAAACAGGUCA